AGCGCUCUGAGUUGUGAACCGGAUAUCCGCUCUGUCUUUCUGGAGAGGACGCUCCGCAGCUGCACGUGGAAAUCACAAGAAAAAAAACGUAUUACAACAAAAUCUAAGCUGUUGUUGCUAUAAAACAGCUUCUCCGACGUGUUUUUAAUCCGUGAGGCGUAAAUUCCAGCUCCGUCAGGAUGUUUCUGCAGUAUUACCUGAAUGAAAACGGGGACAGAGUGUAUACUCUGAAGAAGGUGAAACCUGACGGGCAGCCCACCAGCUCAGCCCACCCGGCUCGAUUCUCCCCGGACGACAAGUUCUCCCGGCACCGGGUGAUGCUGAAGAAACGCUUCAACAUACUGCUCACCCAGCAGCCCAAACCUGUCCUGUGAGGGAGCGAAGGAGGGCGAGGAGAGACGGAGCUACAAGGAGAAGAACAAGAAAACUCCUAGGCUGGAUUCAAAGGACUGCUCAUACCUUCCAUUUAUGUGAUGCCGUUUGUUCAUAUUUUUUUAAGGUUGUUGUUUUGAUUUGUUCAAGCUAAAUAUGUUUAUGCUUCAUUGUUCCUCACUUGUUGUCCCCGUGUGUAUAAAAUCCAGACAAGUUGACAGCUUGGAGGAUAAAUGAAGAAAACUGAAUGCAGAUUGUCUUUAAUGUGUCACCCACCUGCAGGGGUCGCUGUAGGAAUAGGAUCACAUAAUGUGUGGCAUUGCCAAAACACGCAUACUAGAUUUGAGGAAGUGCUUCAGCAUGAGAUUUGCAGAUUCUGCAGAUAUUCAUUUUCCAGCACAGUAUAACCUCCUUCCUAAUCUUUUUUUUUUUUUUUAAAUCUGUUUUACACAAAAACCUGCAGCCAAAGCACUGAAAUGACUCGUAGAUGUAGGACAGGCAUGUGUCCCUCUUCAUGUGUGACUGCACAGUAUUUUUCUUUUCUCCUUUGUCCAACUGUCCCACAUUUUGAUUUGCCCUGGUUUUUGAAAACCAGCGUAAGUGGUAAACGCUUUCAUAAAGCCUGGCUCGUAUUGAGCGGCUGUGAAGAAAGGAUGUCAACACAUGUUGUCCCGCAGGUUGUGUCACUGUUGUUUUGCUGCCGACAAGAUGCCAAAGGUGGAACUGCAAGAGACCGCAGAGUCCCAAGAUGAGAUUAUGAUGCAAACUGUCAAAUUAAAGGAAAUGUAGCUACAA